UGAAGUAUGUUAUAAACUACUCUCACAAUUUUUAUAGUACAUGCAUUUUUCCUUAAAGCAAAAUGACUUCCCUAACCAUCCUCGGCACCUCCAAAUCGCCCUAAAAACUUGGAAUGCAUGCGCGGUGCGCGUUCCGCCUCACACGCCUCCGUCGGGAGCCAGACGCCGAGCCGGGACGAGCGGGCAAACAGGGAAAAAGCGUGUGCGCGGCGAAGGUCCAUGAAGGCGGCGCCGGCGCCGGCGACGCGCAAAUGGGGACGUACAAGUGCUGCAUCUUCUUCACCCGCAGGUUCGCGCUGAGCGACGCGUCCACGCCGGGCGACGUGCGCAUGCUGUUCACCCGCCACGCCGGCGGCGCGCCCUACAUGGGCAUCGACGAGCUCCGGCGCUACCUCGCCGCCAGCGGGGAGGCCCACGUCGACGCCGACACGGCGGAGCGGAUCAUCGACCGGGUCCUGCAGGAGCGCAGCCGCACCCCGCGCUUCGGGAAGCCGUCGCUCACCAUCGACGAUUUCCAGUACUUCCUCUUCUCCGAGGACCUCAACCCGCCCAUCUGCCAUUCCAAGGAAGUCCAUCACGACAUGAAUGCACCAUUAUCGCACUACUUCAUAUACACUGGACACAACUCGUAUCUGACGGGCAAUCAACUUAGCAGUGACUGCAGUGAUAUUCCCAUCAUUAAGGCACUGCAAAUAGGCGUCCGUGUAAUUGAACUGGACAUGUGGCCAAAUUCUUCUAAAGAUGAUGUUGAUAUUCUCCAUGGAAGGACACUGACUGCCCCAGUAUCACUUAUCAAAUGCUUGAAAUCCAUCAAAGAAUAUGCCUUUGUUGCGUCUCCCUACCCUGUUAUUAUAACAUUAGAAGACCACCUUACAUCUGAUCUUCAGGCGAAAGUAGCUAAGAUGGUUCUUGAAGUAUUUGGAGAUACCCUAUAUUAUCCCGAGUCAAAACAUCUUCAAGAAUUUCCUUCACCCGAAGCACUGAGGGGACGUGUCAUCCUCUCAACAAAACCCCCAAAGGAGUACCUUGAAUCAAAAGGUGGUACUAUGAAAGACAGAGACAUUGAGCCUCAGUUUAGCAAAGGACAAAAUGAAGAAGCUGUCUGGGGAACAGAAGUCCCAGAUAUUCAGGAUGAGAUGCAAACCGCCGACAAGCAGCAUGAGAAUGAUAUACUAUACACCCAAAGAGAUGUGGAAGAAGAUGAUGAGAAGAAAAUGUGCCAGCAUCACCCACUAGAGUAUAAACACCUUAUUACUAUUAAGGCAGGAAAGCCAAAGGGUGCUGUAGUUGAUGCCUUAAAGGGUGAUCCAGAUAAAGUUAGACGCCUCAGUUUGAGUGAGCAGGAACUUGCAAAAGUGGCAGCGCAUCAUGGUCGUAACAUCGUGAGCUUUACACAUAAAAAUCUUCUGAGAAUAUACCCAAAGGGCACUCGCUUCAAUUCUUCGAACUAUAAUCCGUUUCUUGGUUGGGUGCAUGGUGCACAAAUGGUGGCAUUUAAUAUGCAGGGGUAUGGAAGAUCUCUUUGGCUAAUGCACGGAUUCUACAAGGCCAACGGUGGCUGCGGUUAUGUGAAGAAGCCAGAUUUCAUGAUGCAAACUUGUCCAGAUGGAAAUGUUUUUGACCCGAAAGCAGAUUUACCUGUGAAGAAAACACUCAAGGUCAAAGUAUACAUGGGCGAAGGUUGGCAGAGCGACUUCAAGCAGACAUACUUCGACACGUAUUCCCCUCCAGACUUCUACGCAAAGGUGGGCAUUGCCGGGGUUCCGUCGGACUCGGUGAUGCAGAAGACGAAAGCCGUGGAGGACAGCUGGGUUCCCGUGUGGGAGGAGGAGUUCGUGUUCCCGCUGACCGUCCCGGAGAUCGCGCUGCUCCGCGUGGAGGUGCACGAGUACGACGUGAGCGAGGACGACUUCGGCGGGCAGACGGCGCUCCCGGUGUCGGAGCUGCGGCCGGGGAUCCGCACCGUGCCGCUCUUCGACCACAAGGGGCUCAAGUUCAAGAGCGUCAAGCUCCUCAUGCGGUUCGAGUUCGUCUAGCAAAUUCAGUAGGCAUAUCACUCGCUCAUGUGUGUUGUAUACUUAGCAUGAUGAUCUAUUUCUCUAGUAGCAAGAUUAGAUUUUUACUUAUGUGUGUUGUAUACGUAGUAUGAUGAUAUUUUCUAGCAAGAUCAGAAUUUUGGACUACCUGUUUUUCUAGGAAAAAACAGAUUAUUUGGACAUCGGUGACCA